AUGGACUCGCAAAAGCCGGUACACACCAUCGUCUUGGAUACUGGUGCCAUCAUCCGCAACCAUCCUACUGUAUCGACCCUUCUCGCCCAAUCCGAGCAAAUCAUCACCGUCCCGGCCAUCAUCACCGAAAUUAGAGAUGCUGCCACCCGUACCCGCGUAGAGACGCAACUUAUGCCCUUCUUGACCAUUCGUUCGCCAAACCCUGCGAGUAUCAAGUUUGUCACCGACUUUGCUCGCAAGACUGGUGAUCUGGAUGUUCUGUCGAAGCCUGAUAUUCAGAUUGUCGCGCUAGCUUAUGAGCUGGAAUGUGAGCGCAAUGUCAAGGAGGAAGUAAAGCCUGAGGAGAAGGACGAGGCCAAACAAGACGACGCUGCCGAGAUCAAGCAGGAGGAGACAACCGAAGCCGUGCCCGAGCAAACAUCCGCCGAUGCUGUCCAGCAGAUCUCUGAAGAUUUGGCACAGACAAAGAUCGAGGAAGUAGAGAACACUGCCUCAGAAGAGCCCCACCAAGAGAAAGAUUCGGCAGGCAGCACUGAGAGCAUCCAGAAUGUCCAAAGCGUCCUGCAAGUUGCAACGCUGACGACAGAUUUCGCCAUGCAAAAUGUGCUUCUGCAAAUAAAUCUCAACCUGCUCUCUCCUACCAUGCAACGUGUCAAGCACCUCAAGACCUACAUCCUGCGCUGCCACGCCUGCUUCUGCACGACAAAAGAGAUGAGCAAGCAAUUCUGCCCUAGAUGCGGAAGCCCCACACUCACCAGAGUGGCCUGCAGCACAACAUCCAACGGAGAGUUCAAGUUGCACUUGAAGAAGAACAUGCAAUGGAACACUCGCGGUGACCGCUUCAGCAUUCCCAAGCCCGUACACGGAAGCGCGAAUGGAAGAGUUCAAGGUGGAGGUAAAGGACACUGGGGCAACGAUCUGAUUCUUGCAGAGGAUCAGAAGGAAUUUACCAGGCAUCACGAGGCCGAGAAAAGGAGAAAGGAGAGAGACUUGAUGGAUGAGGACUAUCUGCCUAGCAUCCUGACUGGAGACCGCAACAGCAGAGCGGGCGGCAGGAUGAAGGUCGGUGGUGGUCGCAAUGUUAACUCAAGAAAGCGAUAG